AUGUCUAAUUCACAUGAUGUUCUCAUCAACUCUUCCGCACGUUACUCAACAGAUUUUUCUGAUGUAAUUGGGGUUAAAAAUAUGAAUAUGAGUCGGGAGGAUGUAUCAAAAAAUUAUGUUUUAAAUGAAGAACGUGAUGCCUUAGAAGAACGUGGUGUCUUAGAAGAACGUGGUGUCUUAGAAGAACGUGAUGCUUUAGAAGAACGUAGUGUCUUAGAAGAACGUGAUGUCUUAGAAGAACGUGAUGCUUUAGAAGAACGUGAUGCUUUAGAAGAAA